ACUGGCUCCAGAUGAGUUUAGCAGCCAGUUGUCAACAGGCUCUGAGCGAAAGGAGCUGUAGAAAUAACUUGGUACGAGAAAGUAGUAAUAUUAACCUUUUAAAUUAUCCAGGGGAGUUAAACCUGGACUGCCUUUGUACAAAGAUCUAUUGUUUCUCCGCCAUUUUUUCCCGAUAUGUACUCCUCUCCACACACAUCUGUCAGAGCUCCAGAGGACAUGUGAAACUUGAUUCUGCUGCCUAGACAGAUGCGAGACCCAGGCUGGAUUGAAUGGCACGGAGAAUACAAGAGGUCAUCUGACUGCGAUGACUAGCCAGCCCCCUAGCCAUGCAGAGAGCGCUCAGUCCACAACCAGACCACUGCUCACUGUGGCCCCCAAGUUCCAGCUGCCUCGGCCCCCCUCUAGAGAGACCGUCACCAUCCAUUUCUCUGCCCAGAGGAAGGAUGAAGAAGAGGAGGAUGGGGAAAUCACCAUGACAAAUACAUCUACUACCUCAGCCCCUCAGGAUGACUCAAGUAUAGUGACAGGUUUGGAGGCCAGCGAGGAGAUGUUUGAAGAUGCCUUCCAGGAGUUUUCAACAGGGAGUCACGUCAGUCCUGAAACAACUGGAUGUUCAGCAGAGUCUAAACUAACUACUCCUGCAGCAUCUCAUACAGAAAAAAACACCACUUCACCUUCAAAAUCUCUGAGCUUUCCCUCCAGCGACAAACCGUUCCUGAGCCUGGUCAAGUCCUUAUCUUCUGAUAUUGAAUCUAAAGAUGGUUCUGCCUCCUCCUCUUCUUCAAUUAGACACAGACACUUAAAAAACCUGGUUAAAUCCUUUUCCUCUGAUACUUCAUCCCAAGACCAACCUUCCUCUUCUACCUCCCGCCUUCCCGAAUCUCGCCUCAAUCUUCAACUUUUCAGGCAGUUCACUCAGUCGCGAUUACCGAGUGCCUCUCUGUCCACAGUAGGAGACUCAAAAACCGCCCCCACCUCCCCCAUGACCUCCCCCGAAAACCGUAGCUUCUUCAAAGUCGCAGAAGUAGAGGCACGAAUUGAGGACACCAAACGGCGCUUUUCGGAGGCUAUAGCUGAACCCCUUCAACUUUUGACGAAAAUGAUUGAUGAAAAGAGUGGUAGCAAAGGUACCGGCGGUAUUUAUCGUCCAAAAGUUAUCUCUACUAGUGCCUCUGAACUCUCAAAUCUUUCUUCACUCAACGGUCAACUUGAAAGUAACAACAACUACUGCAUCAAAGAGGAGAGUGGGGAAUUGGAAGCUGAUAAUCCUAAUAGCGAACCCACCAUUUUAGCUGAAUCUCCUGUUUCUUCAUCUCGUGAUACUAAAAGUCCGACUAAAACGUCUUACCUGUCUAUGUCCACUUUGGCAAAACAGGAAGACGAAGAAUUUUGUAUUUUAACCAAUGAAGAUUUUGAGACUUGCACAGACACAGAGGGAGAUGGAGGGGACCAAACUGAAGAGACGCAAGUGCCCCAGAGUGGUAGCACUGAACCAGGAAGUGACGAUGAGUCUGAAUAUUUUGAACCUGCACAGAAUGUUCCAUAUUAUACUUUAAUUUUUUUGACAUUGCUGGUGUAUGGGUACUUUAUAUUGCCUUGGCCCACAUAUGUUGGGGGAAUGCUGCUGGGAACUGGACUGGGUUUUCUUCUGGCCAUUGGAGUUGUCUGGCUCACAGGGCCAAAGUCAUCCAGUGGUUAUAGAUAUUUCAAGGUGCGGAAGUUGGACAUUAAACAACCGGAAAUUUACAAAGGGUGGAUGAAUGAGAUCUCAAACUAUGAUCCAGAGACGUACCAUGCCACUCUGACCCACUCAGUGUAUGUCCGCUUAGAGGGCUCCACCAUUCGCCUGUCCAAACCCAACCACAACAUCUCUAGGAGAGCCGCGCACAACGACCUCAAACCUGAUGUCACCUUUGUCAGCCAGAAAAUCUAUGACCUUGCCUAUAGUAAAAUACAUCUAGUGCCUGAAGGCCUGGCCAGAAAGAGAAUUUGGAACAAAAAAUAUCCCAUAUGUAUUGAACUUGGAAAGCAGGAUGACUUUAUGUCCAGGACCCAAGGGGACAAGUGGGAGUCCAUCGAGGGGUCACUAACAAAAGAUAAAACAGACGGGACAGUAAGUACAGGAAAUGCGACCUUGUCCCAAAGUGUGACUCUGUAUCUGUUUGGACGAACGGGGCGAGAGAAGGAGGACUGGUUCCAGCGCUUUUUGGAGGCCUCCAAGCACAAAGUUGACAUGAAGAAGUCUGCAAGUGCUACUGUCCUUAAAAUUGGGGGCGGUCACAGUCGCAGUGGUAGCCGCAGCAGUCUGGAUGAGGCUCUGUUGACUCAGUCAAGGCCUAAAGAUGGUUCCACAUCGACAGCGGGCAGUGCCAAACCCUCCCCUCUGCUCGACUACAGUUUGUACAUGGCCAACCUCCUGCCAAACCAAGAGGCCCACAGCCCCCCAUCUGUCUGCUCCUCCCUCCAGAGCCCCAUGAGCAGUCCAGGGGCAGACAAGAAGCUCCCCUGUUCCAGCCCCUCCCCUCCGGAGCAGAACACGGGGGAUGAGGAGGACCCUGUCGCCUGGCUCAACGCUGCCCUUGGACGCAUCUUCUGGGACUUCUUAAGGGAGCCAUACUGGGCUGACAUGGUCUCAAAGAAGAUCCAGAUGAAGCUUAGUAAAAUACGAUUGCCUUACUUCAUGAAUGAGCUCACCCUGACAGAACUGGACAUGGGCUCGUCCACUCCCAGAAUCCUCAGCGGUUCCAAACCCUACAUCGAUUACAAAGGUCUGUGGUUUGAUCUGGAUGUCUCCUACAGCGGCUCCUUCCUGAUGACCCUAGAAACAAAGAUGAACCUGAUUCGUUUGGGGAAAGAGGAGGAGAGUCUACGCUUCGGGGAGCCAGGCAAAGAUGGAUACAGACCUCGGACUUACUGCUUGGCUGACAGUGACGAGGAAUCAUCUAGUGCUGGUUCAUCAGAUGAAGAGGACACCUCAGAACUGUCAAAUGACUGCACUGGAGCUGAAGGUUUGGUUGGUGGCCAUAGACCAAGUAAAAUAAUGCGAUUCGUGGACAAGAUUGCCAAGUCCAAGUACUUCCAGAAAGCAACAGAGACAGAGUUUAUUAAAAAGAAGAUGGAGGAGGUUUCUAACACACCCCUCCUUCUCACAGUGGAACUACAGGAAGUCAGGGGAAGACUGGCAGUCAAUAUCCCCCCUCCUCCUACAGACAGGAUAUGGUAUGGGUUUAGAACACCACCUCACCUUGAACUGAAAGCUCGGCCCAAACUGGGUGAGCGAGUGGUGACUCUAGCCCAUGUGACAGACUGGAUAGAGAAAAAACUAGACCAGGAAUUUCAAAAAAUCUUUGUAAUGCCAAAUAUGGAUGACGUGUGGCUGACGAUCAUGCACUCUGCCAUGGACCAGCGCACUGCAGGAGCUGGCCCAGUGGAAGACUCAGAAACUUCAGACCCAGCCAGUGAGAGUUAGCAGUGAAGUUUGUUUACAGUAUUCCUGUAGGUUAUGAAAAGUCACAAUGUGAACUGGAACCGGAUCGGCCACAUGUUACUUUUGUCAAAUACAUUCCUUUAGUGGGUGUUUUCUCACAAAGCCACCAGAAGAGCAUAUUAACUUUGUAAUAGUGGAGGUAACACUAAAUAGAGGUGUAUAAUGGUUAAAAUAAUUUUAGAAAGACUUGGAUUGGGUAAUAUUUUUCCAAAUUGAAAGUUUUGAGGUAGUAGGUAGCAGGUGCAAUUUCUGAACCUAUUAACAUUGCAGCAUUCACCAGAUAACCUUACAGCCAACAUGUGACUAGUUUAUGCCAAGGUACAUUAUGAUAAAGCACAAAAGUCUCUUAUUAACUGAGUUUCAGCUUAAAGUAACUAUUAUUUACUCCUAUUUAAUUCUACCGAUAAAGCUAUAAUACUUGACUAUAAAAUUCUGCAUCUUUGUAAGCUGAUCAGGUGUUAACUGAACAGUAUUCGUUUGUGCUGUGAUCACACCUUGAGGCCUGAACCUCUUUAUUUUUCCAAUAACCCCUUAAUAUGCCACUGAUGCCCAUAAGACAAGUGUCAUUUAAACCUCUGUCACGCUCACUCUAAAAAGUGCAAUGACUAAAAAUGUAAUUAGCUUAUAGGAUGAUAAAAAAGUAUGUAAGCGUAUCUUUAUAAUAAUAUGCUAUGUGUAUGCUUGAUGAGGAGUACAGUACUUCUUAAUACAGCUGCUGAAUGUAUGCGAUUUAUGGUACAAAGAAACCUUGUUUUGGUCUGGGGUAUGCAAUCGGUUUGCACAACAAAAAAAACUUUAUUAUACUGUAUUUAAUGCCGGUGUGUUUGAGUAACAGGUGGUAUUUUUUUGCUCUAAAAUCAGUUUUUCACUAUAUACAUUUUCAAAAAGGAAAAAGAACUAUUACUUGCUAUAAUGUAAUUGAAGGCACUUGAAUUUAUAUGAAGUGUAGGUUCAAGUUCUGUUGUUAUAGUUUCCAAUAGUGUAAUGUCUGAGCUAGACAAAAUUAGUCAUUGUUUGUUUUUCAAGGUACAUAUCCAGUGUUUCAUUUGUUAAUGCAAAUGUUUAAUUCACACAUCAACCUUUUGUUUACAAUAAUACAAGUUCCCUUUGACCUUCUUGAACUGUAAUGUGUAAAAAAUUAUGUUCAGUAAUCAUACAAGAAAGAUUGUAUUUGUGUUUUUGUCCUCUUCUUGUAAUAAACAAUGAAAAGAAAAUCAUUUAAGGAUAUAUGAAGAAGAUGUAAUGAUUUUAUAUUUGUGAAUUAUUUUUUAAAAUGUGUACGUAAUUUUA